GCAAUUCCUGACAGAUACACCGUGGCCGGUAGAGCCUUUCCGUGCCGGUACUAGACGCUGGGUGUAGCAAGAUGGCCGCGGUGCAGCAGCAGCGUUCGUGAUAGGAGGAGCCGCUAAGCAUCGCUCCUUCCCUGUCCGCUCUCCCCUCACCAGCCGAGCAUAGCCGCUGCACACACAGCCGGGGCUGGAGGAGGAGAGGAGCCCCGGGGCCAUGGAGAGCAACAAGGACGAGGCAAGCCGGUGCCUGCGGAUCGCUCAGCUGGCGCUUCUGGGCGGGGAUCGGGAAAAAGCCCGGAAAUUCAUCAGCAAGGCGCAGAAACUGUACCCGAGCAGCGAGGCCCAGGAGCUGCUAGAUACGCUUGAAAAAGAUGACGGCACAACAGGAAAUGCAGCACAGAGUGCAAAACUGUCAAACGGGAUGGAGCAAAAUAAGCCCAGUGCUGAGAGAGAGGCCAACUCUGGAGACAGUUGCAAAAGUUUCACUAAAGAACAGAUGGAAGAUGUACAAAGGCUAAAAAACUGCAAAACGUUUUAUGAGGUACUUGGAGUGAGCAAUGAUGUGGGGGAGGAAGACUUAAAGAAAGCUUAUCGGAAACUUGCGCUGAAGUUUCAUCCAGAUAAAAACCAUACUCCUGGUGCUACGGAUGCAUUUAAGAAGAUCGGAAAUGCAUAUGCAGUAUUAAGUAAUCCAGAGAAACGCAAGCAAUAUGACCUAAGUGGAUGCGAAGACCAUGUACAGAGCAAGCAAAGAAAUGGCGGCUUUGACUUCCACAGAGGAUUUGAAGCCGAUAUAACACCAGAGGAUCUAUUUAACAUGUUCUUUGGAGGGGGUUUUCCUUCAGCAAGUGUUCGUACCUUUUCCAAUGGAAGGGCAACACACAGCCAUCACCAUCACCAACACCAUAGUGAUCAAGAUAGGGAAGAUGAAAGGGGAGAUGGAGGUUUCUCCAUGUUAAUCCAACUGCUGCCUAUAAUUUUAUUGAUACUUGUGUCCUUGCUUAGUCAAUUAAUGGUCUCCAACCUACCAUAUAGUUUGUAUCCCAGAUCGGGUUUAGGGCAAACUAUAAAACGUGUGACAGAAAACCUUCAGGUAGCUUAUUAUGUCAACAAGGAUUUUAAGUCUGAAUAUAGUGGUAUGAUGCUACAGAAGCUGGAAAAGAACAUAGAAGAGGAUUAUGUGGCUAAUGUGCGGAAUAACUGUUGGCGAGAGAAACAACAGAAAGCUGAUUUAAUACAUGCAGCAAAAGUUUAUCGGGAUGAAAGACUAAGAGAGAAAGCAGAGACAGUAUCUAUGGAAAACUGUAGAGAACUUCAUCGACUAACCUCAAUCUAUCGAGGUGGAUGAUGGACCAACAGUAGUGUCUACAUACUUUCAUGCCUGUAAUAUAAGAACUAUUCAUAUUAUUGUAAGCAUCAAUGUGGGGAGCAAAAUGUGACCCAUCCUUCAAGCUAAUGUGGCUCCUCAUUUACGUCCUGCAGUAACUUGAAGUUCACAGUCCAUUGUUUUGUUUGGGUUUUUUUUGCCUGUUUUGCCUUCAUUCCACAUAAAUGGUAAUUAAUAUAGGAGUGUAAAAUGUACAUAUAUAGCACCUUGAACCAUGAUUUUUUGGGGGGUUCAUGUGUCAUGUAAAUUUUUCACAAAAUUGUAAUGUAUAUAAGAGCUAAUGGAUUUAUAUGUAAAUUGUCACUUUUUCUUCCAGUACUUUGAAAACUUAAUUAAUAGGAAUCGACUACCAAAAAAAGUUUUAAUUAAUUAUUUCAAACAAUUUGGCAAUUUAAUUACUGCUGUGUCUCUCUUCAUUACAGUACUAAAUAAUUGUCAAUGCGUUAAAUAAGAGAGACCACAAGCACUAUGCUGCAGUUAGCUCCCGUCUCCAGUACUGCAUCAUAUUACAUGCUAUAUUAUUGUUUUUAUGGGUUGUGCCCACAGAAUAGACAAUUUAUCAUAUGCCAUCCUCCGGUUAUUUCUAAAGUCUAGAUCUAUAACUAUUUCAAAGCAAAACCCUUUUGCCUCAUUAGUUUGAAAUUUAGUAAAAUACACAUUUACUAUCCGUAGCUGGAGUAUGAUGGACUCAACAAUAGGAGAUACUGGGGCAACAGCACCGUAAUUCUUUACAUUCCUUUCUGUGUUCUUUAAUUAAAAGUCAAGUCAUUUAA